CUAAACUUAGGGGAAAAUCAAAGGGACGUAGGGAAGAACUCCAUGUUUGUAGUCCAGCCUUGCUGUUAUGACAGUGGCGCUAGCGAUUAGCACACGGAUUUCUAUGGUCGUGAUUUGGGUGGUUUAUUAAAUGUGACCAAGCUGUUAAAUUCAUUUAAAUCUGAAAAAAUACAUUUGUGGAAGAUGCAGGAUGACGCGCGCUACCUCAAACGCAAAGUGACUGCGGGCAGUUUGGAUGUCCAUCCCACAGAGAAGGCCCUUGUGGUCCACUAUGAGGUGGAAGCGUCUAUACUGGGUGAGAGCGGAGGCCAUAUGCUGGGCGAACGCAAGGAGGGACAAAAAAUUAUCCGUGUGAAGAGUCUUUCUCCUAGUACAGAUGUGGUAGCUUUGGCUAAGAAAGUGGUGGAUGAGUGUAAACUCAUCCCUCAGUCCCGCUUGCCCCAGGUGGAGCAGCUCCUCUACUACUUGCAGAACAGGAAAUCGUCACCUGUGGAAGGCAAAAUGGAGAAGAAAGAGAAAAGAAUUGUGAAACCCAGAGAGCUGACACCAUUUGAAGGGAUGGAGUUAAAUGAGGAAGCCAGUAUAACCAGAGUGGACGAGUAUGUAGAACUGCUCUAUGAAGGCAUCCCAGAGAAGAUCAGAGGCUCCUCUCUCAUUCUGCAGCUUGCCCGCAACCCUGACAACCUGGAGGAGCUGCUACACAACGAGGCAGCUCUUGGUGCUCUGGCCAGAGUAUUGAGGGAGGACUGGAAACAGAGCGUGGAGCUGGCCACCAUCAUCGUCUACAUCUUCUUCUGCUUCUCCAGUUUCUCCCAGUUUCACGGAGUGGUGAGUCAUUAUAAAAUAGGCGCAUUGUGUAUGAGCGUGGUGGAACAUGAGCUGAAGAGACAUGAUGUGUGGCGCGAAGAGCUGCGCAAGAAAAACAAGGCUUGUGAAUCAGCCCCAGAGAAUGGCUCGCUGAGAAGAGACCAGGACAAAGCUCUGAGGAAGUACCAAGGUCUUCUGGCUAAACAGGAACAGCUGCUCAGAGUGUCUCUUUACCUCCUGUUAAACCUUGCUGAGGACACAAGAACUGAGCUGAAGAUGAGAAAUAAAAACAUUGUUGGGCUUCUGGUCAAAGUUCUGGACCGGGAUGAUGAGGAGCUGCUGGUCCUGGUGGUUUCAUUCCUCAAAAAACUUUCCAUCUUUCUGGAGAACAAGAAUGACAUGGCUGAGGUGGAUACUGUAGAACGAUUGGCUCGUCUGGUUCCCUGUGACCAUGAGGACCUGUUGAACCUGACUCUGCGUCUGCUACUCAACCUCUCCUUUGACUCUGGACUGAGAGCCAAGAUGGUGGAAGUUGGACUGUUGCCUAAACUGACUGCCAUGUUGGGUGACGAGAACAACCGUCAGGUAGCCAUGCGUAUCCUGUAUCAUAUCAGCAUCGACGACCGUUUCAAGGGCAUGUUUGUUUACACUGACUGCAUACCUCAGCUAAUGCAAAUGCUGUAUGAGCACAGUGAGGAGGAAAUCGAAGCUGAGAUCCUCUCUAUCUGUAUCAACCUGGCUGCAAACAAGAGGAAUGCACAACUCAUGUGUGAAGGAAAUGGGUUAAAGAUGCUCAUGAAGAGAGCUCUAAAGAUGAAAGACUGCCUUCUGAUGAAGAUGAUUAGAAACAUCUCACAACAUGACGGACCAACCAAACCACUGUUCAUAGACUAUGUCGGUGACCUGGCAGCAGAGAUCCGUGCAGAAGAAGAGGAGGUGUGGGUUCUCGAGUGUCUGGGGACGCUAGCCAACCUCACCAUCCCUGACCUGGACUGGGAGUUGGUUCUGAAGGAGUACAACCUGGUACCUUACCUCAAAGACAGACUUAAACCAGGCUCAGCAGAGGAUGACCUCAUCCUGGAGGUGGUGAUAAUGAUCGGAACGGUUUCCAUGGAUGACGCCUGCGCUGCCAUGUUGGCUAAAUCCGGCAUUAUUCCUGCCCUUAUCGAGCUACUGAAUGCCCAACAGGAGGAUGAUGAGUUUGUGUGUCAGAUCGUCUACGUCUUCUAUCAGAUGGUGUUUCACCAAGCUACACGAGACGUCAUCAUCAAAGACACCCAGGCUCCAGCCUACCUUAUAGAUCUGAUGCAUGACAAGAAUGCUGAGAUCAGAAAAGUGUGUGACAACACCCUGGAUAUUAUUGCUGAGUACGAUGAGGAGUGGGGGAGGAAGAUUCAGUCAGAGAAGUUCCGUUUCCAUAACAACCAAUGGUUGGAGAUGGUCGAGAGUCGCCAAGCUGAUGAGUCUGAACCGUAUCUCUAUGAUAACGACAACGACAGGACUGAUCUGUUCUAUAGUGCAGAUGGAAUAACUCCAGCAGACGGUUCAGUCAGCCCAGAUUUCUUCAGUGACCUACAGCCUCAGAAUGGAGACUUGCACCAUACAGGAGAUGGCAGCGAUGUCUUCGAUCAGACCAGCUCAUCACCGGGACGACCAGCAACUGCCUAUGGCUUCAGACCUGAUGAGCAGCCCUUCUAUCAGUACUCAUAGACACGCACAACACUUCAGGACGUCCUCUCAUCUUAGAUCUAUUCCCCAUUCGUGUCCUGCAUGUCCACUGUUUUCACUGUUAGAAUCGCUCAUGACUGAGGGCAUCACAUUGGUAUAGUUACUAAGACAAUGAUCAUAAAGGCUGAAAGACAUCAUACUAAUAAGGACUGACCCACUACCACUGCAGUUUUUCAACUAGUUAUUUAAUAAACUGCAGUUCCAUGCAGUCAUUACCCAUCUAUUCAUUCACCAUUAAGUUAAACACAUGAGUAGUUAAGUCUUCCUUACACUGGCUUCUUAUAGUGAGUUCCCAGUGGGUUGGCAAAUCAAAGAAGAAUGUGAACAGACUUGUUGAGUUUUUGCAUGUUCUUUUCCAACGUGAUAAUGAAUAUUUGUUUAAUCAAUUGUGUUCUUACAUUCCACUGUUUGAGAUGCACUACAGUGUACAUUGCUUUCUCUUGUCUGUGUCUCUGUAAAAUGGGCCCAUUGUUGUUGGUGCUUAUAACUUAGGGUGCUUUCACACUGGCUAGGCUGAACCUGGCUGCAAGAUAGCUAAUCCUCCUUGAUACAUGUGCAGAGAGUAACAUUCAAGCCCAGUGAUCUGUUUUUUCCUACGAGGUUAGCGGAAAAAGGGGUGCUGGUUUUUCACUUGUGCUGCAGACUGCACAGGUGGUCCUCUGGGCCACAUCUCUGCCGCUAUUCUCCAUUUUCCCCCAUGCGCGUCAAAACAGGCACCAAGCUUGUUUCCAGGCAACAGUGAUCAACAGCUGCACAUUGAUGAGAAAAGCAUUACCACAAAUUGGAAAGACCGUGAGCCAGCAGGCUUAGGACUGAGGGGGACAGUCAAUUUUACUGCUGCGAUCCAAAAAAGCAAGCCUGUGUGAAGGUGGCCUGAGAAAUGUUGCCAUCUUGUGCAAGCCAAUGGCUCUGUAUAUGUCACUGAUGGAACCAUAGCAGUAUUAUAUUUAUUCAGCAAUGAGACAAUUAGAAACUCUGUCACUGCAGAAGAAGUGGGCCCUCUCUUUCCAACUGGACGUACAGUAUGUCAAGAAUACAAUGAAUGAUAUUGACCUGCCACCAUUCACCCCCAACACAGUAUCUGUCCUCUUAAACAACACCGGGAUGACCUGAAUGCAGCGCGCAUUGAAACAGGGCAUCCGCUCACCAGCUUUUACCUGCAGGAAGUCACAGCCAGCACAUGUAGCAGGACCAGAGGUGGUCCGACACAGUACUGGGGUCUAUUGUACACCAUCUAGUGUUAUUCUUUGUUUAUACUGCAGGAGAUCAGAGAAACCAACUUCUUUAAAGGGAUAUUUCAGGUUUUUGAAGUGGGGUAGUAUCAGACACUUAUCCAUAGUCAGUGUGUUACCUCCAGUUAACCAAUUAGGAGAGAGCUUUUGUUUGUGUGUGCAGGUUUGAGGAGAGGGCAGUGAGGUCAUUCUGGAGAAGCGUCACUGUGUGUGUAUCAGGCACUACAUCAUUGCUCAUAAUGCUCUUUGGCAUGUCCCUGCAGCAGUGAGAUCAGGAGA